AAGGAAGUCUCUGUAAACGUAAGGUGGAGAGAGAGAGAGAGAGAGAGAGAGAGAUAGAGAGGAGAAAUGCAAACCCUAACACUCUGUGAGAGCGUGUUUAGGGCAAAAUUACAUCCUUCGGAUGGAAAACCCUUGAAAUCUCUGAAUUCAUCUCUCCCUGCUUCUCUCUCUCUGAAGAAAUCGAAGCAUUCUCAUGAGAAUUCCCGUCUCCGUUCGUCGAGGUAUUCAAGUCCACAGACUCAAUAUGCAAAUGUUGAUGAGGAUUUGCUUUGGAAAUUUCCCCGAUCGUCUGCAGCUGAUCUGCAAUCCUGUGAGCUCAGAUUCCUUGAUGAUAAGAGUAGCAAUUCAAAAUAUCUUGCAGAUAGUAGCCCAAGGAGUGAAGCCCCCUCAUCCACGUCUUUGGAGCAUGAUGCUUCUCCAAUUUCUAGUGCGUCAUUUCAUAAUUGGCUAAAACUUGCAGCUCUCUUUGGAUUGCUGACUUUUCAAGGCACUCAACAGGCAAUGGCUGGUUCAGAGUUUGUUAGUGGGAUGCAAUCCAUUCCUUACAUAGGGGAUCUUGGUGACAUUAGUACAGGUUUUGCUUCGGCCUUCUUGCUGAUAUUUUUUUCUGAGCUAGGGGAUAAAACAUUUUUUAUAGCGGCACUUUUGGCAGCUAGGAAUUCUGGAGCUGUUGUUUUCAUUGGGACAUUUGGCGCGCUUGCGGCAAUGACUAUUAUAUCUGUUGUUCUUGGCCGCACCUUCCAUUACAUUGAUGAUAUCCUUCCAUUCAGAUUCGGCGAGACAGAUUUGCCCAUUGAUGAUAUUGCAGCAGUUUGCCUUUUGGUAUAUUUUGGGGUUUCCACCUUGGUUGAAGCCGCUUCAAGUGACGGUUUGAAAGCAGAAGAAGAACAAAAGGAGGCUGAGCUAGCAGUGUCCGACUUUUCAGGAAAUGGUGCUGGGUUAUUGUCAGCUGCUAAUACUGUGAUUAGUACUUUUGCACUGGUUUUUGUUGCUGAAUGGGGUGAUAAAUCUUUUUUCUCCACAAUAGCACUUGCUGCAGCUUCUUCACCUCUUGGAGUCAUUGGAGGAGCGCUGGCCGGUCAUGCUGUUGCUACUUUGGUUGCCGUCUUGGGGGGUUCUUUAUUGGGUACAUUCUUCUCUGAGAAGGUAAUUGCCUAUGUGGGGGGAUCUCUUUUCCUAGUCUUUGCGGCGGCAACAUUGAUUGAGAUAGUCAGUUAGCAAGGAAACAGGCACAAGAAGAGGUUAGACUAGCGGCAUUUUCCAUCAGUGGCAGCAUUUCUUUCCCUAUUUAUAUGUUUAUUAUUAUUAUUUCUUUUUGGAAGGAGAACAAUACUUUCAUUUCUAAUCUCGGGAAAUACAGUGACAAGCAGGAGAACGUUGCCAAUUGCUAGGAACCACGUAAUGUAUAUCUUGUAUAGCUACAUUAUAUUGGUGACCUCAAUGAAACCAAAAAUAUGAGGAA